UGCUCUCAAUAAUCUUCAUUGUGUUAUUCGUCUCCUUCGUACCCAUCACAAUGUUACUCCACCGACAGCGUCAGCACCAACAGCAUCUUUUCUCUCUCACCAUUCAGCUUCAUCGACUCAACUCAAAGCUUUCACUUUUAGAAUCCUCCAUUGAGAAGAUUAACCAUGAAUUGCAGAGUAAGGAGGAUGAUGUUGCUCAAAUGGAGAAUGUGAUUUUGGAGCAAGAAAAUAUUGCACCCAUAAAGAAUACGAUGGAUUCUAUUCAGCCAAAAGGUUCCGAAGAAGGCGAGACGAGGGGACUAGAUUCUCCAGAUAUUGAGCCUGAGAAGCAGGAUUUUCAAGGUUGGCUUCCUGAGUAUCAAGAUGUCAACUUAAGUCAUUUUCAGUCUUUCAUAUUGGCUGAGUGGAACAACUAUUGGAGGCCAAACUUGGACAAAUGCUUUCAAAUGAUCUUCUUGAAAAUGUCUCAAGUGCUAAGGGAUGCUGGCCUUUGCAUUGAAAUGGUUAAGACUGAGUGGAUGCCAUUCUUGAAGAAUCAAGUGUGUACAUUCAAAUCCAAUCUUAAGUCUCACUAUGAUAUUCUAAGUGCUGAAACUGUUGAGGCCUAUAAAGCGUCCAAGAACAUUUUACUAUCAAAUUUUGUGAAGUUGCAAAGAGCAGCCACCCCCUUCAUGCAGGAACUGAUACCAGUUUUGAAGCAUCAUGUGCUGAAUUUCAUGUAUAAUCUCAAGUCUUACUUUGACUUUAUAAGUUCUCAAGCUGUUGAAGCCUAUUAUGCAUCCAAGAAGUUUUUCCCUACAGAUAUUAACAAGUUAGAGAGAUCAGCAACAUCAUUCAUGCAGGAGAUGUACAAUUAUGCUAAGCCUUAUAUGAAUCAAAUUGCAACCAUGGCCAAGAUUUACUUUGAUACAACACUUGUGAUUCUUGGAAUUAUAAUCAAGAAAAUCAUUAUACUAUUUCAUGACUUGCGGAAUGGCUGAAAGGCUCUCAUUCUAUGGUGUUUAGAGGGUAUAUAUCUAGCUAGAUUUUGUUAUA